AUGCGGCACCACGACUUUGUGAUAGUCGGUGCCGGCGCCGCGGGGCUUCAGUCUGCCACGCUGCUGAGAAGCGCGAAUUGCUCAUAUGCGGGCGCAGAGGCUGGCCUCUUCUUCUCGAGGUACCCACGCAAUCGGCGCCUCAUCUCUGCCAACCGGCCAAACAACGGGCGGGGAAAGAGCACAGAGUGGGCGCUGCGCCACGAUUGGCACUCGCUACUGAGCGCCGAGCAAUCCUUCCCCGAGUUCUCGUCGUCGUGGUAUCCCGACGCCGACGACCUGGUUCGUUACCUCCACAGCAUCGCGCGGGGCCUCGAUGUAGUCUACAACGCCUCCGUGACGAGCACAGCGCGCCGAGCCGACGGGUCGCACGUGGUGAAAACGGCCGAUGGCCGGGCCUGGAGCGGCGACCACAUCAUCGUGGCGACUGGCUACCGCCACCGCGAGAUUCCGGCUUGCCUCCGCGCGCCCUCCCGCUUCCGCGUUUUUACGUACGAGACCUUCCCGGCCGAGGAGCUGCGGGCCGCGCGUCCGGGCGAGGCGCCUGAGUUUUGCCGCGGCAAGGCGGCGUUCGUCUUUGGGAGCGGCAACUCCGCCUUCGAGACGGCCGACCUCCUCUCCGCGUGCGCACACUCGACGAACCUCGUCUACAAACACCGGCCACGAUUCUCCUUCCUCACGCACUACGUCGGUGACGUGCGAGUGCACAACGCGGGCAUCCUGGACCGCUACCAGCUCAAGAGCCUUGGGCAGCUGACGGGCAUGCGCGACCGUUUCCUCAUCGACCAGGGCCCCGACGGCGCCGGCCAGAUGCCUUGGCCUGGGAGCUUUCGCGAGACGCUCGAAAGGAGUCGCGGCUGGAGGAGGGAACAAGGGCCGCCCGAGCCCCCGGUGCGGAGGGAGGAGGGUGCGUGUGCGAGCCCAUACCAUGAGUUCUACCGCGACUCGCCUGCUGACCCGAUCCGGCCGGAGCGGGUUGCGAUUUUUGCCGGGGGCUUCACGACGCAGCGGCCCGGGCUCGUACCGGCCGGCGACGGCGUAGGAAGGGGCAAAUUCCCACCCGUGGGCCCCUUCUGGGAGGACCUGCGCACGGCGGGCAAGCUGUACGCGGGCGUCCUCAUGCACUCGGUCGAUUACCGCCAGUCGGCUGGCGGUUUCAUCCAUGGCUUCCGCUAUCUGAUCCGCGCGCAGAUACGCUACCUGCAGCAGCGCUCCUUUGGGGUUCCCUGGCCGAGGAGGCGGUUUGGCGGCUUCGAGGCCGCCCUUGAGCACGGGCUGGGGCGCGUGCAGGACGCUUCGGGGCUGUACCAGAUGAACGGCAUCCUCGUUGACGUUGUCCUCCUCGCCGCCGAUGGCAGCGCCACCUACCUCGAGGAGGUGCCCAAGCCCUGGAUUGCCGACGCGCUCGGCGGCCUGCCAAGCAGUUCCGCCGCCGCCGCAAUCACCAUCGAGUUGGACUACUCGGACCGGGGCGUGUGGAGCGAGGAGCUGCUCUGGAACGUUAGCAAGGCCAAUCGCCACCCGGCUCUCUUCCUCCACCCCAUCGCCACCUCGUGGGCGGCGGGCUGGAGACCGCUCUCGUCCUUCCACGUGCCGGAGGACUUUGAUGGCGAGUGGACGUCGGCGGAUCUUGUCCUCGAGGUUGUCUUUGCCAUGUACAAGGCUCGCGAGGCGCUCCGCCUCGAGGAGCUACCUGCUGGCGGCGGCCCGCAGGGCGCGACGCCGACCGGCGAUCUGGAGGACCGCGCCUUCCGCUCUAUGGUCAGCGGCUCGGCGCGCGCGUGGCGGCUCCUUUGCCGAGGCCGGAGCGGUAAGCGCCUGGAGCGGUGCGAGGCCCACUACGAGGCGACGCUCUCGUCCAUAGCGAGGCAGCUUGAGGCCUCUCAGAGAUCGGUGGCGCCGGAGGUGGGAGGCGGAGGAGCAGCGGCCGCGGCGCCGGCGGAGCCUUCUGAGGUUUGUGGAGAGCAGUAG